CAGUAGCACAUUUAAGACUUAAAAAUGUUAAGAGGACUGUUGAUAAUAUGUCUGGUAUCGAUAGUUACGGAGUGUAACGGCGAUCUAUCAUUUUUCACGGCCAUACCGAAGGCGGUCUCAAACUCGGCGGGUACUUUCUUCGGAACACUUUUCGGGGGUAACGCUGCAUCUCCGGCAAAUGCACAAGAGCAGAAGAACUACGUCGAUGCGCCGUCGGUGAAAGACGUCUCCCAGAAAGUCGCAGAUAAACAAGGCGAUGAAAACUUCAACCAAAAUGUCAACUUGAACAACAAUAAAGGUGCAUUGAACCUUUCCAGCUACGGAAAGAACACUGACAGCAACUACGGAAAUUACGAACAAGUUGCCAGGCAAAAUUAAAAUAAGAAAUCAUAAGUUUCCAUAGCCGAAACACAUGGUUUGGUUUAACUUUCCUUAAAUAUCAAAAGGAUGUUUUAUAUUUUGUGUGUCAAGAUUAAGUACAUAGUUUUAAUAUGUAUACAAUGUUUUAUACAAUAAACUAUUAGGACCGAAAAUGAAGUCAUUUAAAGUUUAUUUUUACCUCAAUCUUACAUUUGAACAUCAAAAUUUUCAUUUUGUAGUUAUACUCGUAGGUAUAGGAUAUUUUUUCUACGUUACUUUUGA